AUGGAUCUGCCUUGGCUGAAACCAGUAUCACUUUCUUGGGCCUGUGGGGAUAAGCAGAUCCAGAAAUUCCAGCCAGCCCACACCAUUCAACCUCUGGUAAUGGUGCCCAAGGCUGGAGCAGUUGGCCUUGAGGAAGCAGGGUGUAAUCCAUGUCAAAGCCAAGCAACGAAUCUUCCCAAGUGCCCGGCUGUGACUGAUAAAAAUCCUGGAAAGAGGAAGUUCAUCAGCAAGUUCAUUCAGAGGGAUGAUGUGUAGCAGUUCCAUAUCCUCAACAUGCUCUUCAACCUGCCUGAAACUUCCCUCUAUGCCUGCCUGGUGGACUUCUUCUGCAGCUACUCCCAAUACACCAACUGUGAUACUGGCUAUUAGCAUGGCAACCUCUUUAUGUCCUUCCAAAGUCUCUUCCAGGAAGUGACUGAAGUCAUGAAUAAUAUUCAUCUGUCUGGCUGUCUUUAGAAGGCCCUGCAGAACUCAGAGAAACACAUGGAGAAGGAUACAUGAAUCUCCAUCCUGCUGGGCAAGAUGAAGGAGGCUGGGAAGGUGUUUUUGAUCACCAACAGCAGCUGCAACUACACUGAUGAGAGUGCCAUCAUGACAUACCUGUUUGCUGCUAGUGAGGCUGAAGUCUCAGCCAGACCCUGCAGGUCCUACAUCGACCUGAUUGUGGUGGACACACAGAAGCCCUGCUUCUUCGGCGGGAUGGUCCUGAGACAGGUCAACAUGAACUCGGGGAAUCUCUGUGUGGGGACUUACACUGGGCCCCAUCAGCACUAGUCCUCCUUUGGUGGGCCAGGGUCCUUAGACAUGGUGUGUGAACUGCUUGACAUGAAGGGAAAAGACAUUCUGUAUAUCGGGGACCACAUCUUUGGGGACACUGUCAAGUCCAAGAAGCAGCAGGGCUGGUGCAGCUCCCAGCAGCUGGGCAUUUGGGCCCCGGAAAAGGAGUGGUCGAAGCAGCUGAAGAGGCUGGAGACUCACCUGGUGGAUCUGUACCAGUGAGAGCCAUACCUUUUUGAGGGUGGUAGUGGGGAGAAGGAUGGAGGUGAUGGCCGUGUCCCGGUCUGGCUGUGAGGCCUGGGCAAUGUCAUCAGGGAACUGAGAAGAGUGAUCACAUUCUGUGACCUCUAGGCCUUUCCUCUUAACCCAUCCAGGACGGACUUGGGUGGGGGUCUCACGCCUGUGCACACCCCCACCCCAAUUUUCCUGGCCGCCAGGCUGCUUCUUGACGCCCCACUGGGCCGGGGGAGGUCACACUCUUCUACUCCCUGGAUCACAGGGCCAUUUUUGCACCAGGUACAUGGAUGGGAGCAGUUAUGGGCUACAAGCCAUCCC